AUGGAGGUGACGGUGCGGGUCGAGGUACACUACUGCACGCCGCCAGAUACAGUUCUCGGCGACGUGCUGCGACUGCUGCGCUCGUGCACGUGGGCGGCCUUCAUGGCCAGGCACAUCGGGCCCCGGCUCGAGAAGGUCUCGCCCGUGGACGCGUCCGCGCUGGAAGCCCUCGACCGCCAGUGGCGGGCAACCGGCCGAUACGAUGCAUGCAGCAGCAGCAGCAAGUCCGUGGACUGCGUGAUCUGUAUGGACGCCAGCAGCGAGGACGCCGAGCAGGACGGUACUAGUCGGCACCGCUCCAGGAACUGGGUCGUGCAGCUACCCUGCGGACACAACUUCCACCGCCGCUGCAUUCGCUCGUGGCUGGAGCUGCAGAGCACGUGCCCCAUUUGCAGGUGGCAGUUCCCAAAGGAGUUCGCCGGCAGGUUCAUCGUGCGUCGCGUGCAGUCGACUGCGGUACUCCCGCAGCCCGUCCGCUCGUGGCCGCGCUCCCACAUCGCGUUAGCCCCGGUCGGGGGCCACUCGGUGCGUGUUGAGGUGCUUCUCACGCUCGAGAAGGCGGUUGCGGUGCCGAGCCAACCGUGCGAGUUGGCCGCCCUCCUCAUGGACGAGGCCAGCGGCGAAACGUUUACCGAGGUGGACACUAGUGUCCUCAGCAACCGGAUCGCGUCCACCCGAUUUGCCACGAUGGACGCGGCCAAGGUCAGCGACGGGCUUUCCUCGUCGCGCGUGGCGCCGAGGGAGACGGGCAGAAAGCGGCGCUGCUGUCGACGAAAGCAGCAAGCCGAGGUGAGCAAACGGCAACGAGUCGGCAUCGAGAAGUAG